UUGUAAACUCUGAGUUGGGGAGUCUUUACUGACAGCAAGGCUCCAUUGGUGGCUCCCUUCUCUCCUUUGCACAUGUAAUAUGAGACUUCACAUCUCCAGGACGACUAACAACAAAAAAAAGAGAGGGAGGGAGGGAAAAAUGAGAGCCAGUAAGGAGAGACAGAGACAGCAAUUGGCUGUCAGCAGCAGGGACAACAGAAGCAGAACAAGGAAAGAGAUAGGAGACCAGAGGGGUUCAAAAAUGAGGAGAAGAGCAGACAUGAAAUGACUACAAAAAAACAAACACAGAAGUCGACAAAACCACCAGUCCUGCAACACUUCCUGGACUACCAUCUUGAACUUACAACAAAUCUCAUUGAAUAGAUUCUGCUUAUUCUGCAAAUGAGCAAGCUGCUAUACAUUGUGUCACAAAACGUGGGCUGAUCCAGACAAUGUCUUACAAGGACUUUCAGAAUGAACUCUAUGCUACUGGUAACAAGCUAUGGCUCAAGCUGCAGAGAUUGCCCAAGGCUGAACCUGUUGAAAUUGUGUGCUUUUUUGUCAUUAUCUUGUUCAUUGCUACAAUACUUUCAAUGAUGAUCAUAGCAUGCUGUUGUUGCUGUAGCCGUUGCUGCAAUGGAAGCCCUCACCAAAAGACGAGGAGAAUCCAAGUUCAGCCAACAGUCCAUGCAUAGGAAUGUAUUAAGAAUAGACUGUAAAAAGUAUAAGGAAAAAAAGAUGUGACCAUACUGGAUCCUGGCAGAGGAAAAGCCUUGUGCAUCAGUCUACAGAACAAGAUGACAGAUGAAAACACCAAGCAAAGGAAAAGGGAGAAGAGGAAGAGAUUAAACCUCAAAUGGACUAGGGUCUAGUGCCUUGGCCAUCAUAUGCAACUGAUGAAGUCAUGGAGUUCACAAGAUCUGUCUCCCUGUCCUGUUAGAAACAGUAAUGUUGUUAUCAAGACACUGAGAUGAGAGUGACACAGUUGGCCACAAUGAAAAACGAAAAACCAAAUCAGAAAAAUACCACAAAGAAAUUGGCAUGGAUUAGAACAAGUUCUACUUCUUGACAUGGGAGAUUUCUAGAGAGAUGCUGAGUAUCAGGACUACGCAUUGAACUCCAAACUACGUGCAAAUGCUCAGCAGAACAAAUUGUAACAUGAACAGUGGUUUGUCUUGCUGUUCAACUGUCCAUAGCCAAGAACACUAAAUCAUAUGUCCGACUAAAUCACUAAUACAGGAGAAAAGACAAUGCAGUCUUGCAGUUGACCCAUAAUCUCAGAGGCUGCAAAAUAAAAACAACAGCAAUCUCCCUUCUUUUAGCAACGACAAUGCCAAAGAGAACAAAUAUGCUUAUUUGCAAUUGUCAUUGCCUUUCCAUAUAUGCAGGUGAAAGGAUACUGAAUGUUUAUAAUACUAUGUUGUUUUAUGUGCCUACCUUAAAGUGACUAUCAUUCUCUUCCCUUAUCUUUGUAAAGGAAAUUUGGUAUUUUCGUUUCCCCUCACAAAAUUCUCUGAUUUGCAUGUUAUAAACCAGUUUUAGUACAAAGAAAAUGGAAUAAGCUAAGAACAUUUUCUGGGGGGAAAUAUUCUAAGGAAUAGUUUAUAUUUGUAGCAGUAACGCCACACUUAAGGCAGUUUUGGCAGGAGUGCUCCCAAGAAAGGAAUAAAGACAACCUUUCAUUUCAGAGUCUCUUAUAGGUUACUCAUAAAAGGGAAGCUAAAUGCACCAUUCAUUGUGGCCAGUAGUUUAAAGUAUAUUUAUCCAGACCAAGAUGACAAAUUACAGAGAGGGCUGUGUUAAUUCAAGAAAUGUGUGCAGCAGCUGGCUGGUGGUAUUAUGACAAAUAGUAAAGCAAAUGUACAGCCAAGAAUGAGCUGCCCAGCUAUGGUUUACAAAUACAGUAAAAGUGAAACCCCAUCAAGAAAGGCAGAUUCUCUGUAUAUCUGGCUUCUCCUCUAGGGAACUCCAGAUGACUUACUCAUGUACAAGGCAAACACAGUGGAGUCUGGCAUGUGUAAAUGGAAGCAGAAAAGGUGGAGAGGGAAAACACUGCCAUAAUCUAUUGAAUUAAAUGCACUGAUGCCAUAGUGACAGGAUUAGCAAGGUCAUCAGAAACUAAGAUGUUAUAUCUAGAAGCCUUCCUAUCUAGAUUAUGGUCAAGACUGUAGUGUACCAGAUUGGGGGGGGGGACCUGUCAAAACUGUAACAUACAACAAGCAGAUAAUAAAGAAUUAUCUAAAGAAUCUCACUGGGCUUUGCAGGUCUAAAUAAUACACUUUAAUUUUUAACUUGUAGGUUUUUUUUUUUAAAUUUUAAAGAGAUGCAUUUAACUACUCCUGCACGGCUAUAUAGUGAUUAUUAAGCAAGGAGCAGGGUGAUUAUCAAACAAGGAUUAUGUUCUGAAAGGGACAGAAUAAGCAGGAAGUGCUUACUCUAUGAAGUAACUGUUUUAAAGAAUUAUUAUUCUCCCUCCUCAUCAUGCUUUAAAAGCUACAAGAAGAAUAAGAAAGCCUUGUCAGUGUUCUGUUUGGGUGGUCAGCUUCAGUGUUUUCCCCCUUUGCCACCUUGAUAAAGACCACACUGGCCAGAUGCAACCAUUGACAAGAGCUGUCUGGUUCCCAGAAAAAUUAGUGUAUUGUUCCUCCAUUGGCUUUUGCAAGACUGAAGCAUCUAGACUUAUGUCUAUGCAACUGCAAUAAGGUCAUUAGAAAUUUUUCCUCUUAAAAAGUCAGUUCAUAAGAAAUGGACAGUACUGACAAUCGGAGAGUGAGGAAGCAGUGCAACUUUUCAGGGUAGAACAGUAGUAUAAUUUUUGUGCCAGCUAUACUGCCAACAGAUAAGUGCUAUAUCUCUUUUCCUAGAUCAUUAGUCAAUGAAGCUCAAGGUGUGCAAGUUACAGCUAGGGAAACAAUAGAGGAAAUGACACAUGUAGUAUUGUUAACUAAACUUAUCUUUGUGAGAACACUUGAAAAGCUAUGUUUAGGACUGCUUCAAUAUAAUAGAACAUUCACAGAAAACCACAGAAUAUGUGACUGCUCUUGACAGACUCUUUGGCUCUAUUGUACACUAGUGUCAAAUUCUUACAAGAUCUGUAACAAGUAAUCACCCAGAAGGAAUGGGUGUCAAACAUUGCUACUACCAAGCAUAACACACCUAAUCUCACAAAUGUCUAGUGGCAAGCUGUGGAUCCACAUGCUCAAGUGGAAGAAACAUAUCUGGUGCAACUAUUUAACAAACAGCACUUUUUUACUGCAUAUUUAAAGUCUGAGCUCCACAACUUUCUGACCCUUCAAGCUGUAGUUUCCCAUGUAUUUGGCAUCCGCUAUCUUCUCCAAUCCCAACCAGACUAGAAAAACAAACUGAUCAAGGCCUAGGUGGACUGCUUCUCUGUGUUCACUUUGUUGGGCACUUUUUACCCAGGCCUGCAUUAAAACAACAGUAAAUUUGUUCAUAGAUCCUUCCUGCUUGCUCUAUAUGCAUAUAUUAGUUCUUGUUUUUUAAGUUAAAAUUCAUUACAGACUGAUUAAAAGACACCAGCUUAUUUAUUCUGGGUGUGCCCUGUUUCAGGAGCCACUGUCUUCUGUGGUAGGGCCAAGACAAAAAUGUAGAACCAGCAAUCAUUCAAACAGCCAAAAUUAAUCUGACUUCACGUAAGACUGUUUGUUUAAAUAUGCACUGCCAGAACACAUCUCAGGAAAAGAAAGCAACACAGUACAAUGAUAAAACAAAGCUUUGGAUGAGCUAAUAUUUCUGUUUAUUCAAUGGAGAACAUUAAAGAGACAAUCUGUGCUACAAAUUUGCAGAGACUAUUAGACGGUUGUAGUUAAGAUCACCCAUGAUCUUUAAAAAAACAAACGAACCAGUAUUCUCAGGUGGCCAUUGGGAAAGGAACAUUCUGGAAAUGAGUAUUUAGCCCUUUAUUCUCAUGUCGAAUAACUGCAACUGUAUACCACCCAAAUUCUGGUGGGCUAAAACUGGCCUGGGAUGGGGGGAGAAGGGGGGGAGAGACAGUAUUAUUUACAUUGGGUAAAAACUAUGUAAAUAAAAGCUUAAAGUGUUGCUUCUUAAAGUCUUUUAAGUAGUUAACUGAGUCUGCUAAUUAAAGGGAAAGAAAUACUA